CACCCCCUCUAUAACCCCCAUCCCGGGGCGCAGCGCGCCUGCGUGGACGCGCUGCCCUGCGCGCUGAUUGGCCGCGCGCUGGCGCCUGCGCCGUGGGCUCUCCGUGGCCGGGCGUCCGCGUCGCGCGCCCUCCCCUCGCCCUCACGCCCUCAGCGGUUUUUGGGUUCGAAAGAUGCCGGCGGCGGUGAGUGGCUGCGGCGGGCCCGCCCCCCCGCUUCUCCGCCCCCGCCGCCGCCAUUACGGAGCUCCCAGUGGUUGACUCUCCAAGGAUUUAGGAAAAAUCCUUGUGGUUAACAGCAGAGGCUUCAGAGUGUAACCUGUACUCGGGCCUAGAAAUUAUUUUAAAUGGCGACUGAUACGUCUCAAGGUGAACUCGUCCAUCCUAAGGCACUCCCACUUAUAGUAGGAGCUCAGCUGAUCCACGCGGACAAGUUAGGUGAGAAGGUGGAAGAUAGCACCAUGCCAAUUCGUCGAGCUGUGAAUUCUACACGAGAAACUCCUCCCAAAAGCAAGCUUGCUGAAGGGGAGGAAGAAAAGCCAGAACCAGAUAUAAGUUCAGAGGAAUCUAUCUCUACUGUAGAAGAACAAGAAAAUGAAACUCCACCUGCUACAUCUAGUGAGACAGAGCAGCCGAAGGGAGAGCCUGAGAAGGAAGAAAAAGAAGAGAACAAGCCUGCUGGGGAAACCAAAAAGGAUGAGAAAGAUCAGUCUAAGGAAAAGGAGAAGAAAGUGAAAAAAACAAUACCUUCCUGGGCUACCCUUUCUGCCAGCCAGCUAGCCAGGGCCCAGAAGCAAACUCCGAUGGCUUCCUCCCCACGGCCCAAGAUGGAUGCGAUCCUAACUGAGGCCAUUAAGGCAUGCUUCCAAAAGAGUGGUGCAUCCGUGGUUGCUAUUCGAAAAUAUAUCAUCCACAAAUAUCCUUCUCUGGAACUGGAGAGAAGGGGCUAUCUUCUUAAACAAGCACUGAAAAGAGAAUUAAAUAGAGGAGUCAUUAAACAGGUAAAAGGAAAAGGUGCUUCUGGCAGUUUUGUUGUGGUCCAGAAAUCAAGAAAACCACCUCAAAAAUCCAGAAACAGAAAGAAGAGCAGCUCUGCAGUAGAUCCAGAACCACAAGUCAAAUUGGAAGAUGUGCUCCCGCUGGCCUUCACGCGCCUUUGUGAACCCAAAGAAGCUUCUUACAGUCUCAUCAGGAAGUAUGUUUCCCAGUAUUACCCUAAACUUAGGGUGGACAUCAGGCCUCAGCUGUUGAAGAAUGCUCUGCAGAGAGCAGUAGAGAGAGGCCAGUUAGAACAGAUAACUGGCAAAGGCGCUUCAGGGACAUUCCAGCUGAAGAAAUCAGGGGAGAAGCCCCUGCUGGGUGGAAGCCUGAUGGAAUAUGCAAUCUUGUCUGCCAUUGCUGCCAUGAACGAGCCCAAGACCUGCUCUACCACGGCUUUGAAGAAAUAUGUCCUGGAGAACCACCCGGGGACCAAUUCUAACUACCAGAUGCAUUUGCUGAAGAAAACUCUACAGAAAUGUGAAAAGAACGGGUGGAUGGAGCAGAUCUCUGGAAAAGGAUUCAGUGGCACCUUCCAGCUCUGUUUUCCCUAUUACCCCAGCCCGGGAGUUCUGUUUCCGAAGAAAGAGCCAGAGGAUUCUGAGGACGAGGAUGAAGAUGACGAUGAGUCAUCAGAGCAUGACUCUGAGGAUGAGGAGCCGCCACCUAAGAGAAGGUUGCAGAAGAAAACGCCAGCCAAGUCCCCAGGGAAGGCUGCAGCCAUGAAACAAAGGGGGUCCAAGCCUGCACCUAAAGUUCCAGCUGCCGCACGGGGGCGAGUGAGGCCUCUGGCCAAGAAAGCCCCUCCAAAGGCCAAGACGCCAGCCAAGAAAGCCAGGCCCACCCCCCCAGUCACUAAGAAACCCGGUGGUGGCUCUUCAAAGAAGCCUGCAGCCAGAGCAAGAAAGGAAGUGAAACUGCCUGCUAAAGGCAAAUCUACCGUGAAGAAAUCUUUCAGAGCAAAAAAGUAAAUUUUAUAGGAAAUAAGGGUAUCAUGAUGGAAUUCAAAAUCUUAUUUUCUAAGGUCAGUGUGCAUUUGUUUUAGUUUUGGUGUUUUUAAAACUACAUUUUCCCCCCUCCUCUCUGAGCAUUAUGGGGAGGGGACUAUACAUAACACACGUAGGCAUUGGCUAGCUUGAGGUGCUGUUCUCAGUGCCUGCUCUUGGAGUCAUUUUAAUUUCUGCAAUAAUCCUGGACUUUAUUCAACCAUGUAACCUUUAUUUGCCCUUUGUUGCUCCCCUUCCCCAGACUUUUUUUAUGGGCAGCUUGGCGCUUCCCCCUCCCCACCCUCUAGUUUUAUGUAAACAGUUGCAAAAGUUUUUAUAUUUGUAGAAAGCAUCAAGAACAGAUGCCAGCCGGGUGCAAGAAGUAAAAAGAGUAUAGCACUGACUGGACUGUUGACCCUCCUGCUGAGGAGGCUGGGUUGUACCCGUAGUGAUCUUAUUUAUACAAACCACUCCACUCAUCCUUCCUCUCCGGCCGUAAAUACAGAGACAUGUUAGCUUUGGAAGUAAGCCAGAAGCGAAGUGAUCUCAUUCAAUUUGAGGACGGGCGGCUCCUGGGGGCCACUCUUGACACUGAUUUUCUAGGUGUUUUUCACAGAGCUGCGUGUUGUAUUCCCUGAACAGCAGCACACAGUCUCUGUACCACUUGGUUUUUGACUGAAGGGGAAGUGUAAGGCUGUAUUGAAUCUGUGAUUUCUAGUGUCACUUGGUUACCAAAAAUCAAAACAUAGAAAUCUUGAUCAAAUGUUUAAAUAUAUAUUUUAAUAUUUGGAGCAUGAAUUGUCAUUUCCUGUUUGCCUUUUUUGUAAGGAAGCGUUGGAGAGUUCCCUCAAUGCUAAUAUAGAAAUGUUAAAUGGAAAAGCAAACAAUUUGCUAAAAUAAACUAGAUUGGAGAUUCAUCUCUGGGUUUUUUCCCCUGUUUUCUUUCCACAGCACUUUUGAUAUUAAGCAAGUGGCUUCUUUUUUGAGGUAUUAAAAACAGAUAAGUAAAUGAAGCCCUACUACCUACCCCUUUCUUACUUGUAUUUGUUUCAAUAUUGUGAAGUUGUGUUAAGUAGUACUAGCUUUCUACUGGAGAAAUUCCAGUUUCUGGUUAUCAUUUAUCCUCCCUGUGGCACUUAAUAUUUUUAUUGUCUUAAACUUUUUGCUGUACAUCUUCUGGCCCCUUGAGUGCUACCAGAGACAAAAGAUGUUUCUUUCAUUUUCAUUCCACUUUCAUUGUCUCCUGGGAUCCCUUCUGCAGCCUAAACUGUGGGAAAUGGACUGAAGAAGAUUGGCUUAAAUUCCAUUGUAAUUAUGUGUGAUCCCAUCAUGAAUUAUUGGAAUUGUGUUGCAUGUAAGGCAAUCUUUCCUGUUGUAAAUCUUCCUUUUUUUAAAUGUACAUAUAUUUUGAAAAAUACGAAUAAACAUGACAUUUUAAAAGCU